GGCAGCUGAGUCGCUGUGGCGCCCCCUGAACGCAGCAGCGGGGAUAACAAUAAUAAGAAGCUGGUCGGCAGACAGACGGAAGAUCGGCAGAUUUCUGUGUUUCAGAACAAACUUUUCUGAUCGAAAUCACGAGUUUUCCAAAGAUGUGGAUAUUUUUAUUCCUGCCGCUCCUGUGGGUGACCGUGGACCCGGCUGGAGGCGAGACUCAUUCCCUCCAUUACAUCUACACGGCCCUCUCCAAACCCGUCACACUCCCGGGGAUCCACGAGUUCACAGCCAUGGGCAUGCUGGAUAACAGGAUGAUCGACUACUUCGACAGCGAGCAUCAGACAAAAGUUCCCAGACAGGACUGGAUGAGACAGUGUUUACCUGCUGAUUACUGGGAAAAAGGCACACAGUCCCGCAAGAGCAAGCAGCAGUGGUUCAAGGUGAACAUCGGCAUCCUGAUGGAGCGAAUGAGGCAGAAUGACUCAACCUCCCCUCAUGUCCUUCAGUGGAUGCAUGGCUGUGAGGCUGAAACGCAGCCUGACGGCACGCUCAAGUUUGUGCGUGGCGUGGACAUGUACAACUAUGAUGGUGACGACUUCCUGUCCUUCGAUGAUAAAAAUGGGGUCUGGGUCGCCCCAACAAAGGAGGCAGAACCCACCAAGAGGAAGUGGGACGGUGUCCAGGUCCUGAAAGAGUACACAAAGGGCUACCUGGAGAACGAGUGUGUUGAUUGGCUGAGCAAGUUCGUGAAUUAUGGGGAAAAGCAGCUCCAAAAAAAAUCUCCUCCUGAGGUGUUCGUGUUUGCAAAGAAGGCCAGGGUUGAGACGAACCUCAUCCUGACCUGCCUCGCCACAGGCUUCUACCCAAAAGACAUCAUCAUGAGGAUCAAAAGGAACACACGUGUUCUCAAUAUCGAUGACGGUCUGAUCAGCUCGGGUGUUCUUCCAAAUAAUGACGAGACCUUCCAGAGAAGAGACCAAAUAGAGAUUUUGAAGUCUGACCUGUCAGAGUUCAGCUGUGAAGUCAUUCAUGAGGCCACCAGUGUGAAUCUUCACAAAACUUGGAAAAACGGUGACCAUGAUGAGCCUGGAUGUUGCCAGAUAAUGAUUGGUGCAGUCGCAGGAGUCGUGGUCUUGGUAUGUGCUGGAUGUGGCGGUCUGGCAUUUUUCUUGUAUAAAAAAGGCAUUCUCAGAGGCAGGCGUGAAGCCAGCAACCAAGGUGGAAUUCAGACAAUUUAUUCUCCCGUAUUAGGCAAUGGCAAUGGCAAUGGCGUUGUGAUCACACCUGUGCCGAAUGGCGGUGCCAAUGGACAUGCGCCUGCUGCUAAUGGUGGUGCCAAUGGCCAAGUGAACGUACCUCUCCUUAACCAGAAAACCUGAACUUCUGUCAGCUCAUGAAGACUCACAUGAUCCAGAUGUACCGAAGGAGGAAAGAGAGGAGAUUAAACAACUGGAUCAUCAGUAAAAUGUUGUUCUAUUGAAUUUGAUGAAAUUGGUUUAAAAGGUGCUAAAGUUGCCUUAAGCUGAUCCUCCAUCAAAGUGAAAUGGAAAUUAGCUCAUUUAAAAGUGUGAGGUUAAACAAAUUUAAUGAAUCAGGAUUUUAUGAAUGGAGAAUAACCAGUGCAGCAUGUUGGGGUUUUUAAAAUGCAUCAGUGAUCCUUAUGCUAAGCUGAAUAUUAAAGUAAUAAAGUUGGAAAGUUCUUUUAAAAUAUGCUUCUCGUUUUUAUCCAAAUUUAUUGUACAGCAGGAUCACUUAAAACUCAUUCUGUAAAUAGAAUUUUCAUAUUAACACUUUAAAAUUUGCAGAUGUGAAAUUUAGAAACCUUUCCUGUUGAAACUUUACUUUGGAAAUCUUUAAUAUGCUUUUUUUUUGGGGGGGGGGGG